AGACUAUCAGACUCCCGCGGUUAUGACGCGAUUCGGGCGCGCACAAAUAAAAAGAGGAAGAGCGAUUGGACCGAAUAGUGCUUCGAUGUUGCGGGGUCGUCCAUACAGUUUUAGGUUAGUUAUCAAAUCGAAUUGAGCUCACAUCGUCUGUUGUUUCUAGGUCAGUUUCAGAAGUAAAAAAGGAGUGUUCUCAUUUCCGGUAGCACAUACUUACGGAAAGUGGCACAGCAUUUUUAUAUUUUGUUGUUUGGUGAUGCAGGGAACAUUUCAUUCAUCGGUAGUUUGGUUGCUGUAAAUCGAAAGGACAUGUAUUGUUCCCAAACAAGAUAGACUUGUAAAUAACUACUUUUUUUAUCUCAAUAGUGUAGAUAAAUAGAAAACCCGGAUCAACCGAAUAGUGGGUGAUAGAAUGCUGGAGUAGCGACUCGACAUGGGCAAGUUGCUGAGUCUCCUGGCCAGGGACGACUCCAACUGCUGCUCCCCGCAGAAGUACGAUGUGUUCCUGGACUUUGAGAAUGCGCAGCCAACGGAAGGAGAGCAGGAGACGUUCGAGCAAGUACAGACGGUGCUGAGGAACUCAGAGUGCAUCCUGGAGGAGAUCCAGUGCUACAAAGGAGCCGGCAAAGAGAUUCGGGAGGCCAUUUCGUCACCAACAGAUGAGUUCCAGCAGCGAGCGUGGCAAGCUGUCAUUCCCCUCGUCAGUAAGCUGAAGCGCUUCUAUGAGUUCUCGACAGAGCUAGAGAACGUCGUGCCCCGGAUCCUGUUCCAGCUGUGCUCCGGCCCAAUGACGCCCACACAGCACCUGGAGACCCAACAGGCACUCGUCAAGCAGUUCGCUGAGAUUCUGGAGUUCGUGCUGAAGUUCGACGAGCACAAGAUGAAGACGCCAGCGAUCCAGAACGACUUCAGCUACUAUCGGCGCACAAUGAUGCGGCGCCGUCUGUCAGCACACGAUGAGGGGCUGUCGGCGGAGGAUGUAAUGGCCACCCGGGAGGUGACCAACGAACUGGCCAACCGCAUGUCUCUGUUCUAUGCCCACGCCACGCCUAUGCUGAAGGUGCUGAGCGAGGCUACCACACGCUUUGUGGCCGAGAACUCUGAGAUACCUAUCGAGAACACCACGGAGACGCUCAGCACAAUGGCCAAGGUGUGUCUACGCAUGCUCGAGAGCCCGAACCUGAUCGCGCAGUUCCAGCGGGAAGAAACUCAGCUGUUCGUACUGCGGGUCAUGGUCGGUUUGGUCAUCCUGUAUGACCACGUUCACCCGCACGGAGCGUUCGUCCGCGCUUCUAACGUCGACGUAAAGGGCUGCGUGAAGCUGCUGAAGGAACAGCCCGCCGUCAGGUCGGAGGGCCUCCUCAACGCCCUCAGGUACACGACCAAGCACUUGAACGAGGAGGCGACCCCCAAGAACAUCAAGAACCUGCUCGCAGCAUGAUGGGCUGUGGCGCCCCCGGUCGAUGCACACAGCACCGCUCAGCACAACAAGAACUCUCCUCAACAGAGAAACAGUGAUAUUGUAUUCUUAACGGUUCUUCCACGCACUUCUUUUCAGCAUUUUUUGUGGGUCGAGUGCACGAACUUUGUUUCCAGAUGGACGUCCUUCUAGUUCGGUGUCUGUGAACAGUUAUUCAGAGCCAGUGAGAGGCUAUCAUUGCGUUGGUAAUUUAUUUCAGAGAUGCAUUCAGUAUUCACAAUCCAGCGAACAAAGUGUAAAGUUAACCAUAAACGAUGUGAUGUUAUUUGUAGUCCCACAUUCACUCGCACAAUAGUUUAAUCAUAAAGAUUUACAAUUUAUUGUCUACUUACCAAACAUUGUAUUACAUCUGUUCUUUUUUAUGAACCAUUUAGGAGAUAUAGGUACUCAUUUAUAUUUAGCAGAAUUUAUUUCUUUGAGUUGUAAGCAGUAAUGUUAAGCAUAAAUUAAAGCUGUGCUAUGGCAGUUUUUGCAAAUUUUGAAUUACAAAAAAAAAUUCAUGCUAUACAACCUAAAAACUGCAGAAGUUUCCAUCACAUUCACAGCAUGGUGAUUCACUGGUGCGUUCUGCACUUGUAGUGCUGAAACUAUUGUUUCGAACAGUCUUGGUCAAUAAAGUCUUUAGCUUUAAGUUUCCAGAUGUUAAUGUUGUUUACUGUGGUAGAACACAUUGCCUUAAAGACAUACAAUCUGAAACUACAAAGGCUGUCUCUUAGGGCUGUUGGGGGGGUGGAGCUACGAGCUGCCAUGUUGAGGUCUCUUCGAGGGAUCAGCAGGGCAACAUCUCUCUCAUCAGGACCAGUAGUGUCAAGCAGUCAGAUAGUGAUUGCUUUCCACCGGAGAUCUGGAUUUGAUUCCCAGCUGGAUUAAGGUAGAAUUUUCAAAACAUUGCUGUGAAGAAGUAGGUUUUGUCACUGCUUUCACCACUGAUUGUCACUGCUCCAUUACACCAUUAGUAGAGACAAGAUUUUAUGAUUUUAUUUUCAGUGCAAUUUUGUUUUUAAAACAGAGGUUUUCUGUGUUAUUGUUUUUUUAUAUAUAAAAGCUGUUUUGUAAUACUUACUCCACCAAAUAAGUGGUAAAAUUUAUAUGCUUUUUGUAAUACUUACUCCACCAAAGAAGUAGUAAAUUUUAUAUGCUGCAUUUUUACAACAAAAUCAUUUGUAAUAAAAUGGUCUAAAACAGAUAAAUUCAGAACAAUAAAAAUAAGUUUGUGAGCAUUUGUGUUUUAAAAGUAUUUCACUAAGAUAUAAAUUUAAAAAAAUUAAUUUUUCUGAUCCAUGCACUUUGGUACAAUUUUUUAUCCAGAAAAAAUUACAUUCCUAUAAUUUCGAACAUUAAAAGAUUAUUUUUUUAUAAUUUGAGUUAAGUUUUGGUUAAGUAAUACUUAAUUCCAUGAAAUAACCUGCAUUUUGGUGCUAAGCUGUGUUUUGACAUGCUUUUUUUUUUGUCACAAUUCACUAAAUAUGUAAUUUUGUUCCUACAUCUACUCUGACCCCAUGUCUGCGAGAAGUAAAAUCUCAUUUUGACUCAUUCUUUGAUAAAUUUUUUCUCUGUAUUGCAAAUUUCUUCCAUGUCUCUUAAAGUUUGUGAAUUGGCCAAAGUUAAAUCAAUAGUUUGGCAAAAAAAACUCAAAUUAGCACAGCUUGAUUGUAGAAAUGUUUUUUUUUUUUUUUCAAUGAUGUGUUUUAAACUAAAAUGUUUUGUUGAUUUUGUUAGCAGUAGAUGUUUGAAUGUCGGAUGUUGAUGAAAGUAUGAUAUUUGUAAACCACUGCCAAAAAGUAAACUGUAGUUUUAGCUUCUGAAUGUAAAAGACUAGCUAAACAAACAUUCGCUAUUGUCUUAAAAUGCCUCUAAAAUCAUUUCAUAAAGCAUUUUCAAUUGUCUUGCUGUAUUCUCAAGAAAUAACUUAGCUGUUUCACAGGUAAGAGAGAAUAACAAGUAUGUAAAAUAAGUGUGAAAAGGUAUAACUUUUUUGUUUUGUUUAUUAAUCAUGUUAUUUUUAACUAUAAAUUUCAUUUUAAAAAAUUAAAUUACCUAAUUUUUUAAAGAAAAAAAAUUGUGUGCCUUCUAAGCCACAAAGAGUAGUUAUUUGAAAGCAAAAUAUCAUGAACUUGAUAGAGGCUUAUUCUGUAAAAGUUGAAAUGGAAUUUGUGAAAUGAUUGGAAUUUGUCUUAGAGAAUUUCUAACUACAUACUUGUUCUUGCUAAUGCUUUGCAAUGUGUUUACUUGAUUAGCAUGUAAUAAACGGAUGCAUUCUUUGGAGAGUGGAUAUUUUUUACACAGCUAAUCAAUUUACAUAUUAGCUAAAAUCUGUUUGUGUAGCAUAUGAUUUACCAUUGGUUUACUGUUAAAGUAGUCUGCCUCACAUUUCAAGUUUUUUUUGUAUCUACUGAAUAGGAUUUCUUUAGCGUAGGAGUUGUGUUACUAGUCUUGUAAUGGCACUGGUUUGAGUGCAUAAUGGAUGGAUGCAAGUUUGAGUUGGUAAUGGUUUGAGUAUGUCAUCCCACGGAUGUGCUGACCAGCUCCUUGGCUGAUGUUUGUUAGUUGCUGGGAUGUUCAUUUGUUAAUUGUCACAGGCGCACAUUGAAACAUUGACUUAGUCGUGAUUGUCUCGUUCCCCUCGAAGCUGUGGCCCAAGUAUAAUUAAUUUGUUUGUGAUUGUUUUGAAAUGGUAGGAAGGCAGGGUGUAUCGCGAACUAGAUUUGAGUGGCUCACUGUUCCAUUAAUUUGUGCUUUAUAGUUGUAAGAAAUUUGCUGUACCUAAGAUGUAAGUUAUUCAACAUAGUUACCUACAACUGUGGACACAGCUGCAUGUGUUUUACGUGCAGUUAUGAACUAAAGUGCUGACACUUGUUGUGAUUUGCUGUUACUGUCUGUAUGUUUCUCGUUACUAUCAACUGAGACUGUUAAGUUUCCAGUCAUAAGGUUAAGUGCAACAUUCUUGUUCAUUUUUUUUGUUAUGAUUUGGACACUCGUUUAAUUUGUUUGCUGUUAACUGUUGGUUAUUUUCACUCAUGACGUUCCGAGCUGUCUUGGGUGAGGUGGCAGUAUCACUGUGUAGCUGGCUGGGGCGUUCAGAGACGUAGAAUACUUGCACUUGCCCUAUAAGCUCCAGCCUGGACGAGUUUUACAAACAAACAUUUGUGGAACUUGCAGUUGAUGUGUUCCACUUAAAAGUCAUGAAUAGCUAAAAUAUAAUUUUAUGUUUUCAUUUUAUUAACUAGUAUUCCAAAUGUUUUAGUUAGUGUUGUGUCUGAAAUGCUAAUUUGAUGCAAUUUUAACAUUAUUAAUAUAAUAGGCUGAAACACAUUAUUGUUUGGAUUUUAAUAUUAUGUACAUUGCAGUGAUUGUACAUGUUUCUUGAAUUACUUGCAUAGCUUUUGAGCAUGAGCAUGAUCUUACAUACAGCUAUACAGUUUGAUAAUUAUUCUUUUAGAUCCAGAAGGCAUUUGAAAUAAAACACAAAAAUAUGUAUGUUCAGUACUUUUCUUUUAAUUUUGGGUGUUAUUUCUGGUGUUAUCAAUCUAAACACUAGAAUUUAUCAGGCUUGAUUCAGCCAUUUAACACAAUGUUGUUCCCGAACAGUAUGUACAUUGCAAAGAGAAGAACAUUGCUAUUAGAGUAAAAGUACCAAACUGUUUUAGCUUUUGUGUUUCUAAGUUUUUAAACAUUUAAGCACUCAGAACAUUCAGGAAUGUUGUAAACCUGCAAUUGCCGUAUUUACCAGCGUAUGGGGGUGUGUGUGUGUCUCUCUCUCUCUCUCUCUCUCUCUCUCUCUCUCUCUCUCUCUCUCUCACACACACACACACACACACACUAUAUAUAUAUAUAUAUAUAUAUAUAUAUAUAUAUAUAUAUAUAUAUAUAUAUAUAUAUACAUACAAACAUGUAGUGCUACCCUUAAUUGUUUUCAUUUUGGGUAAAAUAAUUUAACAUUGAACUGUGUGGUUGAAUAGGUAUGUGCUUGAAUAACCAGCAUCUGUUGGUUUUUAAUAAAUAUAUUACGUGUAAAUAUAAAUUGUACAUUAAAUUAUUUCAGUAGUGCAUGUAAAGCAUCAGGAACUUCGCCGUUAUGCUGCGUGUGGCCAUAUACUGCCUGUAAAUUACGUAGUCAUCUGCUGUCAUGCUGUCAUCCGGCUAGAGAGGAAAAUUUAAAAAUAUACUAGUCAGAGAGUGAGCACGAGGGGGGUGCAUGCAUGUGUAUUUGAGUAAGUGUGGCCUUGCAGCAGUGCUUAUGGUUCUUCCUCCCUCUCUAUUGUUUAUGUCCGUGACUGGCACCGUACACAAUCAUCACUUGUCUAUCGCGACAGGUUUUUGUGAUGUAACGGAUGCAAUUGUUUUUGGCAUAAGAUUUCCCUUGCUUUCUACUGCAAUAUUCUGUGACAAAUCUGCUGUAAAGGGCUUGCUUGUUUCUAUUGCAGGAAUUGACAAACAAUAAUGACAUGAAAUAGCAUGAUGACUUUUCUCAUUUGGGCUAAGAGGAUGGGUAAAAAAAACACAACACGGGAAAGGAAACACCGGUAUAAAAAAUAGUAUUCCUUUCCUUUGUAUUUUUUAUUAUAUAGUGCUGGAGAGGCGAAGAAUGGAGAGGAGAAAGACGAAGGACUGAGGGUCAACAUCAGUGCUGUGUUUCUUAUGCAGGAAUAAGCUGAGACACGGACCAUAAAGACUUCACUUGUGUUCUACUGGAGACAGAUAUAUGGUGUGAUCCAUAUUUGAGGGCAACCCUUAUGGUGAAAAUUUUGAAUUUUUAUGACCUAAAUUACAGGGGUGACCCUUCUGCAAAUAAAUACGAUACAGUUUUGUAUUCUUUCUCUCAGCAAUGUUCUUCUCUUUGCAAUGUACAGUGAGUGCAGCAUUUGUUUGGAAACAUUCCACUAAUUUUUAAUAUGUAAGGCCUUGUAUGUACCAACGCACUGCUAUGUCACAGGUGGCUAGGACCUGUGGCAGCUUCCGUACCAUCCACUGCCUUCAAGCUACCAGGUCGCAUUGCUGCGCUGCCUGCAUUUAGUUCACUCAAAGUUCAUUGUUAGUGUUUCCAAUUGUUCAGUAGGUUACAUUUCACAUUUGUUAAGCCUGGCAGAAUACUAGUUUUUUGAUGCGAAGCAAAUAUCAAAUUGAAUUUAACUGCAAAUAUUGUUCUCAGCAAAGCUGUAUUAAACUUAUUUUAUAAAAUACAAGAUUGGUGUAAAAUAAAAUAAUGGUGUGUGAUGUUUGUAAUGUUAGAACUCAUUAAGUGAUCAACAAAAUGGGCCCCAUAUAUACUAACAUUAUUCAAUACAAAUAAUAAAAAAAAAACUGCAUUUUAUUAAUAUUGAGCAUUUAUAAAAGCAAACAGUGCCACCUUUUGAUUUUUUUAAGUAACCAAUUAAUUCAAGCAAAAUAUACACAACACAAAAAAAGAAAACUAAAUAUUUUCAUGAACGAAUCUUAGGCUUCCAAUGUUUUAAAGCUUCACAACAAAUACAAAGCAUUGCAUAAAAUGAGAAGCUUCAAAUCAGAUGCAAAGCUUUGCAACACAACCAAAUGUUCAAAUAAAACAAAUAGAAAAUUUCCUGGUGAAGUAAAAUAUUAAAAAGAGCUUCUAUUUAUUCAGUUAAUCGAAGCUUCACACAGGCCUAAUAUUUGUUAUUCCCUUUGAAAACUGUAUUGACGUUUGUUAAUCCUGCAUGGCCGUGGUCCCAAACUUGCCUAACUGAGAACCUUCAUGGUAUCGUUUGAAGCCUAUCUGUGUAAUUGAUAUCCAGUAGUUUUGUGGGGGGUAACCUUUCGUGCUGAUCUUUGAUCAUAGAUUCAUGGUUAUAGGUCACAUCCCAGCCUCUGUUGAUAUUCCCUUCCUCUUCUCCAGCUCACGCCAUCACAAGCUGUCUGUCUUGCUAACUACCCGUGUGCUUUUGAGUAUCCUGCCCAGUGUAUCUAUCUCCAGGCGUCUCUCAGCGGGCACGUCUCGCACCUUGCACACAAUGUUCACUUGUUUCUCUGAGUUGCUGUGUUGAAAUAUCCAGGACGUCACUAAACAGUGGGCAUAUUGUUUCCUAAAAUAUGUUGAUUGACUUUAUGCAAUAUUUAAUGUCAUUAGUUGAUUAUUUUUUAUUAAAUUUUUUUGUAAUAGUUGUAUUUAGUUAAAAUUAUACACACAACACAACACACCUGUUUACCUGCGUUAAAUUCUUUUGUAUCAAUAAUCUUCUGUAUCAAGAAGUUAACACAAUAGAAAAAGCUUUAUUUGACUUUGUGAUCAAACAUUUUGUUAGCAUUACAAAACUUAUAUGUGACUGUGUGAUCUUAAUUUCCAUAUUUCUUUUAGGUGUGGGAACCUAAAUUUGAGUGUUAUUUGAGUUUCAUUCCUAUUCUCCACAUAAUCUCGCCUAUAAUUGCUAAUUGCUCAUUGUAUUUGUUGCUUCAGAUUGGGGCUUGCUCUUGGCAUGUGACAAGUACAUGUUCUUGUGCACCAGAAACCAUAACUUCUGACUUUGCCUUAAAACCUAGCCUAUUAUUAAAGAACAGAUUAUAUCUUUUAAGUUGUAUAACAUUUUUUUAAAUGGAUAAAGUAAAAAAAAAAAUUAUGUCAUAUUUAUAAGACCCACGAUUGUUGAGAGUUUUGACCUCUGAAAAUAGGUUAUGGCGAACCAUUAAUUACAUCAUACCUACAUGUUCAAGUAAAGUCAUUAAUAUCACUUACAAAAGUAGCAGGCUUUUUUUUUUUUAAAUUCAGAAAUUGAGAAUGCUGCACAAAAAACAGUGGUGGCUAUAGUUCACUGUCACAAGAAGAUAAAGUACACACUAAUAAUCAGUUUAUUUCAAGUGCACCUUGGUGUAAGUAAGUCUACUCUUCUUUUCAGAAAAAAACAGGGCACUUAACAUGUCCAAUACAACUUCUCAUUUAAGCUUGAAGUGGCCACAUAAUAAUAAUAAUGCAUGACCAACCAAUAAAAUUUGUAUCCAAUAUUUUGUAGGUAGUCUUUUGGGAUUGAACUAAAAUAUUGCCUUCAGAUAUUUAUUUACUUAAAUUUCACUUAAAUUAAUGUCUUAAAUUUGCUAAGGUUUUAUAUAUAUAUAUAUAGAGAGAGAGAGAGAGAGAGAGAGAGAGAGAGACACACACUAAGGAGUAAGAGAUGAGUACAAAUUAGAAUCUAUUGUCCUUCAGAUUUGAGUGAAUAUAGUAAAUGAGAAAUGAAUGGGUUCGCAGUGGGCUUUAUAAUUUCAGACCAUGAACAUACCCAUUAUUAACUGGUAACGUAUUUUUAUACAGAAGCAGAACUACACUCCAAAAUAAACUUCAGAUAUUUGUUUUACUGGGAAACUUUAGUUUCAGCAUAUUAUAUUCAUAAAUUGUGUGUGGUUUACAAGUGCUUUGCAACUAGGUGCAAAGUUGUUUUGUUAAGGCUUAAUGGUUUAUGUAAAAUGUGUUAUGCUUUGUUGAUAGUUUAGAGAGUUAAUCUGUUAGCAGGCUUGUGCAUGUGUUUGUACUUGUGUGGAUUCCUGUGUUAUGGCUCGGCAGAGCAUAAAAUGUAAUAAUGUGUUCACAUAACAUUUACAAAUGUGUUUGUAUGGACAACUAGUUUCAAAAAGUUUAAUAAAUGUAAUUUAAGUUGA